CCAACAUCUGGCACUGCACUCCACGCCUGGGCUGCCCUGCAGAAGUCCCUGAGCCCUGCCCUGGCACUGCUGCCGUGCAGACCCAUCCCACACCCUGCCUGUUCACACAAGGACCCUGGAGCAGCACCUGCCUGCGGGCACCCCAAAAGCACCUCCCGGGUGAAGUGGGGCCUGGCCGGGCUUCGCCUGGGCGUGAAGGGAGCCUGAGCGCAGGAGGGGCCAGGCGAGGCGGGAGGAAUGCGAGUGGGAGAGCGGCCGGGCAUGUAGCGACAGCUCCUGGGGUGCGCGGCGCCGGAUCCCACACGCUGCAAAGGGCAGGGAGCAGAGCCCCAGCAACAGGGCUGGGGUCGGCAUGGGGCACCCCAUCGCUCACCCCCUCUGAGAGGCGGGAGCGCAGGGCAGGGAGAACCCCGAGGGCAGCGCGGCCGCCGUGGGGGUCCCGGCCCCGGGAAGCUCAGCUCUGACGUGAAGGGGCUGGAAAUCCCCCGGCGGGUGAUGCCUGGCUGAGCCCACACGAGGUGCUGAGGAUCCUGGGGGCCGAGGGGCCGCUAUGACCCCCGAGAAGGUGCUGAGGGAGGGGGUGCUGGAGAAGCGGAGCGGGGGGCUGCUGCAGCUCUGGAAGAAGAAGCGGUGCCUGCUGACAGAGAAGGGGCUGCAGCUCUUCGAGCCCAAGGGCUCGCGGCGCAAGGAGCUGAGCUUCGCCCGCAUGAAGGCGGUGGAGUGCGUGGAGUGGAAGGAGCGGCACAUCUACUUCACAGUGGUGAUGGACGACAGCCACGAGAUCGACUUCCGCUGCGCCCAGGAGGACCCGGGCUGGAACGCCGAGAUCACCAUGGGCCUCGUCCGCUUCAAGAACCAGCAGGCGAUCCAGGUCGUCCGCGCCCGGCACAGCUGCAGAGCAGUGGUGCAGUUCGACACAGCCCCAGUGGGACAGCCCAUGGACACGCAGCAUCCAAGGAGUCGGAUGGAGAUGGCUCUCGGCUCGGCAGGAGGUGGGGAGAACGGGAUCCCAGCGGGCAAGUGAGGCCACCGCUGUGCAGCCCAAGGACAAGGACGGUGGCCCCGGAGAGGCCAGUGCGGGCACUGGCUCCCCCUGCCCUGGGGCAGGACAGAGGCACUGCAGGGACUGGCCUGGCACGGCAGCAGGGGCCAAGCCACAUCCCCUUGGCACGAAGGGGCAAAGGACACAGCCACGGCUACCACCCGGGGCUCUGGACAUGGCAGGAGGUGACAUCCUUGUCCAGGGGCCCACCACCCUUCAGCUGACAUGUGCAGGACCUUGGUGCACUGGUGGGGACACCCGGGCCUCUCCUGCGGGACAGGGGAUGGAUGAGGCUGUGCCCAAAGGAAGCAGUGGAAUAGGGAGCUCUGCCUGUGUGACAGUGACACUGGGACAGAUGGAUGGGGCUGGGGACACAGCUCCCCCUGAGCCCCCAUGUUGAGAAGGGGUUGGACUUUGUCUUACCCUGGGAUGUCCUUGAGAUGAUGGGGAAUGCUGGGAGGGCACUGGGGACCCCCACUCCUUGUACCAAAAGUGUCCCCAAAC